AUGGCGAUUGCCAUGGGCUGGCACAAGCCCGAUAAUGUCGCCGGCUCGUCGGCUCCCGCCAUCAUGGUCGGCCUCUUCGUGGCCACCGGCGGGAUGCUGUUCGGCUACGAUACAGGGUCCAUAAACGGCAUUCUCGCAAUGAAGUCGUUCGUGAGGCAGUUCACAACCGGCUACAUCGACCCGAAAACACACGAGUUCGCCAUCUCCCCGGACGAAGUUUCGAUCAUCGUCGCCAUGCUCAGCGCCGGAACCGUAUUAGGCGCCUUGCUCGCCGCUCCCUCGGGCGAUACCAUCGGUCGGCGGCGCUCUCUCAUCGCCUCAGUGGGAGUAUUCUGCUUCGGCGUGAUAUUCCAGGUUUGCGCCCAUAACAUACCCUUGUUGCUGGUUGGAAGGUUCUUUGCUGGUGUCGGAGUUGGAACAGUUUCGGUCCUCGUACCGCUCUAUCAAUCGGAAAUGGCGCCGAAAUGGAUAAGAGGAACUCUAGUCUGCGCCUACCAACUAUCUAUUACCGUGGGAUUGCUGUCGGCUUCCAUCGUUAAUAUCAUAACCUACGAAAUCGAUGGGUCCGCAGCGUAUCGGAUCCCCAUGGGCCUUCAGCUCACAUGGGCCUGUGUCCUUGCGCUGGGUCUACUGGUCCUCCCGGAAACACCACGAUAUCUCAUCAAGCGCGGGCAAAAGGAGGCCGCUGCCCUGUCACUUAGUCGACUUCGCCGCCUUGACAUCACCCAUCCUGCCCUCGUGGAAGAACUCGCCGAGAUCGAGGCCAACCACGAAUAUGAACUAGCCUUAGGUCCCGAUACCUAUAAGGACAUCUUCUUCGGCUCCCCGCACCUCGGACGGCGGACACUGACGGGUUGCGGCCUGCAGAUGCUGCAGCAACUCACCGGUGUGAAUUUCAUCAUGUACUAUGGUACAACCUUCUUCAACGGAGCAAACGUCUCCAAUCCUUUCCAGAUAUCUGUCAUCAUGCAGGUCAUCAACACCGUGUCUACCAUCCCUGGUCUGCUCGUUGUCGAAUCCUGGGGUCGACGAAACCUGCUCAUUAUCGGAGCCAUUGGAAUGGCCAUCUGCCAAUUGCUUAUUGCCUCAUUUACCACCGCAGUUGGAGAUUCCAUGCCAACCACAGCCAACAAGGUCCUCAUCACAUUUGUUGCCAUCUACAUCUUCUUCUUCGCUGCCUCGUGGGGCCCAGUCGCGUGGGUCGUCACGUCCGAGAUCUACCCUUUGAAGGUCAGGGCGAAGUCCAUGUCUAUCUCGACUGCCUCGAACUGGCUCCUCAACUUUGGCAUCGCCUAUGGAACCCCGUACAUGGUCGAGACCGGCCAAGGCUAUGCCGAUAUGGGCGCCAAAAUCUUCUUCGUAUGGGGGGCGUUCUGCAUCGUUGCUGUCUUCUUUGUCUGGUGUAUGAUCUACGAGACAAGCAAGAUCAGUUUGGAGCAGAUCGACGAGAUGUACGAGAGAGUCGACUACGCUUGGAACAGCAAGCGGUUCGAGCCGAGCUGGAGCUUCCAGCAGAUGCGAGAUUUUGGAUAUUCCGACAGCGGCGUCCAGCCCCAGGAACAAGCACACGAACUCCAACCGGCCCGGACGAGCAGCACUACUACCACGUCGAAUUCGGAUACUGGCGUUAGCGGGACAAGCACUUCUUCACAAGACGAUAAAGUCAAUCCACAAAUGGGUAAUGUCGACUUCAGUUACUGA